AUGGUGGUCGUCAACCACCAUUCCGACCCGUCGCGGCGGCAAAUGCCAUUUCCAUCGUCGCGGCGGUACCGUCGCCUCCCAUCACCGUCUUUUCAUCGCCCUCCCUUCCCCUGCCCGUCGCGCUCCCUUCCCUGCCCGUCGCGCUCCCUUCCCUACCCGUGGCGCUCCCUUCCGUCAUUCCCGACACAUAUUGCCUUCUCGUCAUUCUCCCUUUUCGUGGCUUUUUUUGUUUUUUUCCUGCACGUCGCCCUCGCUUCCCCUCCCCGUCGCGCUCCCUUUCCCUCCCCGUCGCGCUCCCUUCCCCUCACCGUCGUGCUGCCUUCCCCUCCCCUGUCGUGCUCCCUUCCCCUCCCCGUCGUGCUCCCUUCCCCUCCCCGUCGUGCUCCUUCCCCUCCCCGCCUCGUUCCCUUCCCCUCCCCGUCUCGUUCCCUUCCCCUCCCCGCCUCGUUCCCUUCCCCUCCCCGUCUCGUUCCCUUCCCCUCCCCGUCGCGCUCCCUUCCCCUCCCCGCCUCGUUCCCUUCCCCUCCCCGUCGCGCUCCCUUCCCCUCCCCGCCUCGUUCCCUUCCCCUCCCCGUCUCGUGCCCUUGCCCUUCCCUACUUUCCUCUCUUGUUCUUCCCUCCUUUCUCUCCUCGCCGUACCCUCCGCAUCCCAUUGCAUUCCACCGAGCACUGCAUCCCGUUUCGUCAUUUUCUCCAAGUCCGCUUCCCACCACUCUCGUUUCCCCCCUUGUACUUUCCCCCGUUCCCCCACUGCCCCCCCUUUCUUUCCCCGUGUCUCCCUUUUCGCCCAUGUUUCUCCCGCCUUUCCACCCUGUCCUGAAGUCCCUUGUCCCUCCCUCCCUUCCCCCGCUGACCUUCCCACCGUUUUCCCCCUCCCCCCUCCCUCCCUUUCCCCCGUGUCCUCCCUCCCCUUGCCCCUCAAUCCCUGACUCCUUGUCCUUCCCUCCCUUCCUCUUAGCCCGCCCAGCCUCAAUCCCAAGACCCUUGUCCCUCCCCCCUUCCCCCCCCAUGUCCUUCCCUCCGUCCUUUCCUCCGUUUCCCCCUUCUCCCUCUCACUCGCCCUCCCUCUCCCUCCACGCUUCUCGCCCUUAUCCCCACACAUGUCCUCCUCCUUUCCUUCCCAUCUCUCACCGAACCCUCUCUUUCCUCCCCUCCCCCCUUGCUCCAUUUCUUCUAAUUUCCGCCCUUCCCCCUCUUCGCCUCUCCUUCCCUCCCUCGCUGUCCCUCUCUCUUCGCCUCUCCUUCCCUCCCUCGCUGUCCCUCACUCUUCGCCUCUGCUUCCCUCCCUCGCUGUCCCUCUCUCUUCGCCUCUCCUUCCCUCCCUCGCUGUCCCUCUCUCUUCGCCUCUCCUUCCCUCCCUCGCUGUCCCUCUCUCUUCGCCUCUCCUUCCCUCCCUCGCUGUCCCUCUCUCUUCGCCUCUCCUUCCCUCCCUCGCUGUCCCUCUCUCUUCGCCUCUCCUUCCCUCCCUCGCUGUCCCUCUCUCUUCACCUCUCCUUCCCUCCCUCGCUGUCCCUCUCUCUUCGCCUCUCCUUCCCUCCCUCGCUGUCCCUCUCUCUUCGCCUCUCCUUCCCUCCCUCGCUGUCCCUCUCUCUUCGCCUCUCCUUCCCUCCCUCGCUGUCCCUCUCUCUUCGCCUCUCCUUCCCUCCCUCGCUGUCCCUCUCUCUUCACCUCUCCUUCCCUCCCUCGCUGUCCCUCUCUCUUCGCCUCUCCUUCCCUCCCUCGCUGUCCCUCUCUCUUCGCCUCUCCUUCCCUCCCUCGCUGUCCCUCUCUCUUCGCCUCUCCUUCCCUCCCUCGCUGUCCCUCUCUCUUCGCCUCUCCUUCCCUCCCUCGCUGUCCCUCUCUCUUCACCUCUCCUUCCCUCCCUCGCUGUCCCUCUCUCUUCGCCUCUCCUUCCCUCCCUCGCUGUCCCUCUCUCUUCGCCUCUCCUUCCCUCCCUCGCUGUCCCUCUCUCUUCGCCUCUCCUUCCCUCCCUCGCUGUCCCUCUCUCUUUGCCUCUCCUCCUCUCUCUUUCAGCCCCUCUCCUCCUUUCUCUCUCAGCCCCUCUCCUCCUUUCUCUUUCAGCCCCUCUCCUCCUUUCUCGCUCAGCCCCUCUCCUCCUUUCUCUCUCAGCCCCUCUCCUCCUCUCUCUCAGCCCCUCUCCUCCUUUCUCUCUCAGCCCCUCUCCUCCUUUCUCUCUCAGCCCCUCUCCUCCUUUCUUUCUCAGCCCCUCUCCUCCUUUCUCUCUCAGCCCCUCUCCUCCUUUCUCUCUCAGCCCCUUUCCUCCUUUCUCCCCACCGUGGGUAA